AUGCCUAAACGCAAACUCGCAGCGCUAGAGAAGGUUGAUGCUGACCUUACGAACCUGCAAUACAAAAUCCGCCGAGACCCAAAGUCCUACGAAGCAGAAUUUGAAGCACAAUACGGGCAAUAUCUGACACAACGAGACAUCUUCCUGGCCAAUCCCAGUGUCACAGCCGACAAUGGCGCUUCUUCCUUCAGAGAACUUCUCGAAUUUGUUGCCCAGGUAUCGGAUUGUUACAAGUCUCAAACCAAGGAAUUUGCGUCCCAAUUAAUCAGUAUUUUGUCCUCGCACCAUGAAGUACUGGAACCAGAGCUGCGAGAGAAGAUCGUGGGGAGUCUAGUCAUUGUGCGCAAGAAAGAGUUGAUCGAUUCCAAUACGCUGCUACAAUCUCUAUUCCCUAUCCUGACCACAACUACGAGCAAGACCUUACGUGCCCUCCUUCUGCAAAAGAUCCUUAGCGACCUGCGUAACUCGAACUCGAAGACCACAAACCACAAGCUGAACCGUACUGUUCAAACACUGCUCCACAACCUCGUUCUUGCAGACCGAUCCUCUCCCAAAGCACUAUGGGCGGUAAAGGUCACAAGAGAGAUGUGGAAGAGGCAAAUCUGGACCGAUGCAAAAGCAGUCGAGAUCAUGAAAGAAUGUGCUCUUGCUGACAACGAGAAGGUCAUUGUGGGUGGCGUCCGUUUCUUUCUUGGCGGUGAUAAGGAACGAGAAGAGCACGAGGGAGAAAGCGAUGAGGACGAGGAGGUCGACAUGGCUAAAUUACGACAUCAGAUUGGCAUCAACAAAAAGAGCAAGAGUGGGGAUUCGCGGCUGAAGAAGGCUGCAGCAACUGUAAAGAGGAAGGAGAAGAAGAAGAGCCAAGCACAUCCACUGAACUUCUCUGCGCUACACCUACUACACAAUCCUCAGGGCUUCGCUGAAGAGUUAUUUAGCAAGCACUUACAGGGUGCAAAGAGCAAGCUGAAUCUGGAACAGAAACUCCAGGUCCUACAGCUGGUCAGCAGAUUGAUCGGUCUGCACAAACUGAUCAUCGUGCCUUUCUACAGUUAUUUCCUGAAGUUUUUGAAACCCAAGCAGCCUUCUGUCACAACCUUUCUAGCCUGCCUAGCUCAAGGCACGCAUAGUCAUGUGCCGCCAGGAGACCUGGAAACUGUCAUUCAGACUAUAGCCAACGAGUUCGUAAGUGAAGCUGCCGCUGGGGAGGUGGCUGCCAGCGGUCUGAAUGCAAUCCGAGAAAUUUGCGUGCGGCAACCGUUGUGCAUGAGUCAGACCUUACUGCAUGACUUGAUCAUGUAUCGAAAGAGCAAGGACAAGGGUGUCAUGAUGGCUGCUAAGGGACUCCUUGGGUUGUACAGACAAGUGAAUCCUGAAAUGUUAAAGAGUAGAGAUCGUGGCAAGGAUGCAGCUCUUGGUCUCCGUUCUGGCGAGCUCAAGCAGCAGCGCUAUGGCGAGGAGUCAAUUGGUGAAAUUGAAGGUCUUGACCUGCUGGAAAAAUGGAAAGAAGAGGAGAGGCAGAGGAGACGAAUAGAGAAGGGUCUAGAUCCUGAUGCGUCCGAUAUCGAUACUGAGGACGAGGAUGAUGGAGCAGGCUGGGAUGCAUGGAACAUUGAAGAAGAAGACAGCGACGAUUCAGGUGGCUGGAUCAACGUUGAGUCCGACGAUGAGAUCAAUAUCUCAGACAGCGACGAUGAGAAACCAACUCCAGCAAACAAGAAGGUCAAAUUUGAUCUAGGACAAAAUGAAGAGCACGAUACCAAGGCCGCCUCGGAAGCACCAUCGACUGCGACAAACCUUUCCACGGCACAAUCGAAACUCGCCACUACCCGAAUAUUGACCCCUGCCGAUCUGGCCAAGCUACAAGAACUUCGUACAACAGCUGCUGUGUCCUCUCAAAUAUCUGGCCACCACAAACACCAUGCGAACAAAGCUCAACUUACACAUUCCCAACGACACAUCGACGACGCUCUAACAGCCGACGACAUAUCCGGUCUUGCUCAUCUUUCCGCUGGCAAGCUCUCCCGUCUAGAGAAAAUUGCAAAGUUAGCUGAGUCCAAGGAGGAGCACUCAGAGCACAAGUCCAAGGCGCAGCGCAAGAAGGAUAGAAAACAGGAGCAAGGCAAGAGCACGACAAACAAAGAAAAGGCGAGAAAGAAGAACUUCUUGAUGACACUGGGAAAGGCUAAAAGUAAGGGCAAGAGGAGUUUGGUCGACCAUCAAAAAGUUCUGAGGAUGCACGUUGAACGUGGGAAGAGGGGUGGAAAACGAGGAAAUAGAUGA